CAGCGCGGUAUAAAUGGCUGAACGUGUGCAUGUUGCAGCCAGUUGCUCCAGAGGCCAUUUCAGAGCCUAUGUUGACACAACUGUCGUAAUCAAGCGCAAAGCUCUUCAACUCCUGAUACCGCCGUCAUACAAGCAGGUAUAUGGUUGACAUGUCCACCAUGACAACCUUCGCUUCUCUGGUCCUGCUGUUGUCUCUGGCAGGCCGAAUGACAAACUCAGCCAGGAUUCUGGGCAUCAUCCCCUCGGCCUCCAUCAGCCACCAGCUGCCAUUCCGACUUAUAGCUCUGGAGCUCGUCAGGAGAGGUCACCAGGUCACGCUCAUGACCACUGAUCCCAUAAGAAAAAAUAUCCAGAAUUAUACAGAAAUAGAUCUGUCAAACUCAUACGACUACGUGAAGUCAGUGUUUGAUUUUGUGUCAAUGUCAGACGACAGCCCAGUUGAAAUGAUCAAGAUGUUGCCUGGUGCAGGAGAAAAACUGUGUCAAAUGCAGAUAGAGUCCCCACAGGUCCAGGCUUUCAUUCGGUCCCAGCCGUCUUUCGACGUUGUUAUCCUGGAAAGGUUAGUGCACCAGUGCUACUACGGUCUGGUUCACCAACUGGGAUCCCCACCAAUGAUAGGCUUCGUAUCUCUGAGCGCACCAUCUCCAGUACUGUCAUCUUUUGGGAAUCCCAACAACCCCGCCUAUUCCCCUGAUUUCAUGGUGGGCCACACCGACCACAUGUCGUUCUGGGAAAGACUAUACAAUGCCUACAUAAUAACACGCCUUCAUUACGCAUGGAACUGUCAACUGCUUCCAACUCAAGAGAAGAUGCAAACGAAGUAUUUUGGUCCUGGUCAUCCGUCUGUGCACGAAACUGAAAGGAAUUUCAGCCUCCUCCUCGUAAAUAAUCAUUUCAGUAUGAACUAUCCGCGACCGCUGCUGCCCAACAUCAUUGAGCUGACGGGACUGCAUCUGGAGAAACAGCGGAAGCCACUUCCUCUGGAUAUCAAGAAUUUCCUUGACGGUGCAACAGAUGGUGUAAUUUACUUCAGCUUCGGCAGCAAUGUGAAGGGCAGCACAUUGCCAGAGGACAAAAGGCGAGCGUUCCUCGAAGCCUUCGCACAGCUGCCGCAGCGGGUACUCUGGAAGUGGGAGGUGGACAGCCUGCCUGGACAGCCGGAGAACGUCAUGAUAGCCAAGUGGCUGCCCCAGCAGGACGUCUUGGCACAUCCAAACAUUCGUCUCUUCAUAACCCAAGGAGGACUCCAAAGCAUGAAUGAAGCAAGUUACUUCGCAGUGCCUCUGCUUGGCAUUCCUUUCUUUGCUGAUCAGCACCACAAUGUGGCUAAGAUGGUGCAAGCUGGUAUAGGCUGCCGUCUGCUGUUCAGAGAUGUCACUACCGAUACUGUUCUGAAAGCCGUUCACACAGUUCUUGACAAUGAAAGCUACAAGGAGAACAUGAAACGGUUCUCAGCGGUGUUCCGCGAGCACCAGGAGAGGUCUCUGGACACUGCCGUGUGGUGGAUAGAGUACGCGAUACGUCACAAGGGAGCUCCUCACUUGCGCAGUGCAGCCCUCGACCUCAGCUGGUGGCAGCUGCUGUUGCUCGACGUCAUCGCAUUCGUGGUUGCAGCGGCGUCCAUUGUGGUUUACCUACUGUACAAGGCAACUUGCUACUGCAGAACUUCAGCACGUGGUUUUCUCAAGCAGAAGACAUUGUGAUGGAACUCGAUGGCAAAAUUUUCCCAUCACGGACACAAGAAAUAAUAAUUCUUAGCAUCUCAGAUAAACGAAAUUGGACGUUAAAAAUAAUAUGGGGCAAUUUGUGGA